AAGUAACGCGUGGCAUCUGGAACGUUGUACUGCGAGAAUUGGUAAUUUUUGUAGCGUAUCGCCGUCCGUCGUCAAUAACUCGCGUAAUUCGGGCGUGUUCGCCAUUCGGGCAUUUGCUGAAAGAAACCGAACGUUUAACGUGGACGCGGACGCGUGUAAACAAACCGGGCAUCGCUAGCGUCGCACUGACAUGAUAGUCGCGAUUCCACCACACCCUUGAGUGUCGGCAACGCUGCGUGUUUAUCGCCCGGGGCCGUGCAAGCCGUGUUCGGUGGCGGCAGGAGUCGGCGGGACGUCGUUUGUCGUGUGUCACAGUGUUAUGUGUAAAAUUUGUCUCGUGAGCUAGUCGUGCGGAGCGAGUGUUGCAGUACAUUGAUGGGCAUCGUUGGUGUCUGCGUGAAGGCGGCAGAGCGGCCGCAAAGGCGGGUUUUUGCUUCGCGGAGGGUCUGCUAUAAAAUCAGUCACACUGGAACUGAUGGAAUUAGAGAAUAUUGUCGCGAACACUGUCUACUUGAAAGCCAGAGAGGGCGGUUCCGAUAGCAAUAAAGGCAAGAGUAAGAAGUGGCGGAAGAUCCUCCAGUUUCCUCACAUAUCACAAUGUUUAGAUAUAAAAACAAAAAUAGAUGUAGGUUACGACUACGUGGUAGACCAGCAGCCGAUCGGCAAGCUGUUGUUCAGACAGUUCUGCGAGCGGAACAGGCCUGAGUACCACAAGUACAACAACUUUCUAGAUGCGUCGGUGCUGUUGCAGGUGGACAGGUACGAGGUGGAGGUCGACGAGACGAGGGUCGCGCUCGCCGAGGACGUGUUCGGCAAGUACCUCAAGACGGACGACUGCGAAGCGGUCACCGACGUGGUCGGAGGGCAGGUGGUGGACGACGCCAACGCGCUGUUGGAAGGCGGUUCCAAGGACAUAUUCUCAGAAUGCGUGCGGUGCGUGAAGAGUUUCCUGGCGGGCACGCCGUUCGCGGAGUUCGAGCGGUCGAUGUACUUCCACCGGUACCUGCAGUGGAAGUGGCUGGAGGCGCAGCCGGUGACGCAGCACACGUUCCGCAUGUACCGCGUGCUCGGCAAGGGCGGCUUCGGCGAGGUGUGCGCGUGUCAGGUACGAGCGACGGGUAAGAUGUACGCGUGCAAGAAGCUAGAGAAGAAGCGGAUAAAGAAGCGCAAGGGCGAGGCGAUGGUCCUGAUAGAGAAGCAGAUCCUGCAGCGGAUCAACUCGCGGUUCGUGGUGAACCUCGCGUACGCGUACGAGACCAAGGACGCCCUCUGUCUCGUGCUCACUAUUAUGAACGGGGGUGAUCUGAAGUUCCACAUCUACAACAUGUGCGGCGCGGACACGGGGCUGGGGCUGGAGCGCGCGCGCUUCUACGCCGCGCAGGUCGCCUGCGGACUCGAACAUCUGCACAAGAUGGGCAUCGUCUACAGGUACACACUCACUCUACUGUCAGUUCCACAUCCACAACAUGUGCGGCGCGGACACGGGGCUGGGGCUGGAGCGCGCGCGCUUCUACGCCGCGCAGGUCGCCUGCGGACUCGAACAUCUGCACAAGAUGGGCAUCGUCUACAGGUACACACUCACUCUACUGUCAGUUCCACAUCCACAACAUGUGCGGCGCGGACACGGGGCUGGGGCUGGAGCGCGCGCGCUUCUACGCCGCGCAGGUCGCCUGCGGACUCGAACAUCUGCACAAGAUGGGCAUCGUCUACAGGUACACACUCACUCUACUGUCAGUUCCACAUCUACAACAUGUGCGGCGCGGACACGGGGCUGGGGCUGGAGCGCGCGCGCUUCUACGCCGCGCAGGUCGCCUGCGGACUCGAACAUCUGCACAAGAUGGGCAUCGUCUACAGAGACUGCAAGCCGGAGAACAUCCUGUUGGACGACGCGGGGCACGUGCGCAUCUCCGACCUCGGGCUGGCGGUGGACGUGCCCGAGGGCGGCAGCGUCCGGGGCAGGGUCGGCACCGUCGGGUACAUGGCGCCUGAGGUGAUAGACAACGAGCGGUAUACGUUCAGUCCGGACUGGUUCUCGUUCGGUUGCUUGUUGUACGAGAUGAUCGAGGGUCGCGCGCCCUUUAGAGCCCGCAAGGAAAAGGUCAAGCGCGAGGAGGUCGAUCGGAGGGUCAAGCACGAGCAGGAGAAGUACUCGAGCAAGUUCAGCGAGUGCAGCCGCUCGCUGUGCGGCGCGCUGCUGGCCAAGGCGGCGGGCGCGCGGCUGGGCUGCGGCGCGGGCCGGCGCGGCGCCGCGCACGUCAAGGCGCACCGCUUCUUCAGCAUGCUCAACUGGGCGCGCCUCGAGGCCGGCAUGGUCAGCGCGCCCUUCGUGCCCGACCCGCACGCAGUAUACGCCAAAGACGUGUUGGACAUCGAGCAGUUCAGCACGGUGAAGGGCGUGAACCUGGACGCAGCUGACGACACGUUCUACGGCAAGUUCAACACCGGCAGUGUCAGCAUACCCUGGCAGACAGAGAUGAUCGAGACAGGGUGCUUCACUGAGCUGAAUGUGUUCGCUAGAGGCGAGGACGGCAAGGAGGCGCCGACGACGGACCUGCAGCUGGUGCCCGUCACCAGCGCACCCGACGACGAUAAGGGAUGCUUCAUGUUCGCACGACGGGUGUUGUGCCCGCAGAAGAAGGUCCCGGCGCGGCUGCGCGCGGUGCCCGUGCCCGAGCACCUCGCCGCCAGCUGACCGCAACACUCCAUCAAACACUAAACCCUACACUAAACACUACGUGCUGAUCUAUAAAAGACAACGUGACUAACGUGCGGGGCCCGGGAUGAUGAGAAUCUAGCAGCUAUGAAAAUCACUAUUAACACAUUGACUGCGGGGCCAGUGCGGCCGCCAUCCACGAAAUAUGUUGUGCCGCACUGGCUUGUGGCUGCGCGACGCGAGUGCAUUUGCGUGGUGGCCGCACGCAUGUUCCAUUACAAAAAAUACAAAUGUUUCGUGAGCCGCAGUCAACGUGUUAAGGUUGGGUCACAUGCAAUGUCUGGGCAGUGGUAAGGCCGUCUUAUUUUAUAUGAGUGACAGCACUGGGGCAAUUGACGUGUUAUCACGUUCAUAUAAAAUGUAUGCGUUGAUAUUUUUUUGUUCCUAAAAGCGCACGGUCGCGCCAGUAUCCAGAUCUUGCAUGUGUGGUAUUUUUUUGUAUUAGUCAAAUAUAUGUUCCUAGACCGAGCCAUCCGUUAUUAGACGUUCUGCGCGUUAUAUACGAACAGUGACUAACAACUGUUAUGCUGCGCGACACGCAUGGCCUCGCCAUGGUCUGACGGAGUACUACGUACAGGGACAGAACUUAAUUAAAGUGACAAAAAUAUACCCUAUAUCUUUCACUAUUUUUGUGAUAUCGUAGCGGCUAUAUCUCAUAUAUCCCAAAUGGCCCCAUCAGUCUAUAGCGCAAUAACCUAGAUUAUAAUAGUACAUAUGAUCCUAUGAUUUUUGAGUUUCGACAAAUGCCACGGCGAGUUUAUUUUAUACCAACAGAUAAUAAACAUGACAAUGAUGGUUUGUCUUUGACGCGUAUUGCUAAGCUUGAUAGUGUGAGAUGACGUGCGGAGACGUUCGAGAAUAGGUAAGAUAAAUGGUUGCGAUUGUGACGUAAUCGUAGAGGCUGUAUAGUGUCAGGGACAUUAUUACAUAAAAACCUAUUUAAUUGUAAUUAGUGAAAUGAAAUAAUACAAUAAACAAUUAAUUCAUCUUGACCUCUGUGUCACAAAGGACCCGUGUCAACUGCCAACGUUUCAAAGAGCUUUCACGAUUACGUCACAACGUAAACUUAGGGAAUACGAUGCAUUUGUUGUUGUACCUGUCGGUUAGGUGUUUUGGCUUGACAUUUAUUAAUAGUAAUGGUUAGAGAAUGAGUGCCGUGUUGGGUCUAUGCGCCGGUGAGUAUGAAAUUGUAUAUUACACUUUAAAAUAAUGUGUUUAAGAGUGAAGGGAUGAUAUUUUCAUCUGCAUGGAAAAGUAUGGCAGUUAACAAAACGCGUAAGUAUUAUAUAUAUUUGUCAUCAGGGCCGGUUGCUUUGGUCUGCCAUCACAUUAUCCUUCACUAUUUUUCUGGUUAUAUUUGUGUAAUAAAGGUAUUUUUGUCAAUCCGCCUCAAGCAAAAUAAUCUUUAAUGAAGACUAAUGUAUACGUGCAGUAUUAAAUGAAUAUAAAAAAUACGACGGCUCAUACGCCCAAUAUGGCACAGUAGGCGUUACUUAUAAAGGUAAAUCAGUUCAUAACUUUAAAGCUCAUAAUCAUACAUUCUGAUAAACGACGUGAUAAUACGUCGUGUCAGAAUCAUGUCAUACAAUUGACGUCUUUAUCCGUCUUAGUAGUUUCAAUUGUAUAAAGGAUAGCACAAAUCAUUUGAUAAUGAGAAACCAUUAUUAUUAUUUAAGGACAAGUGUUGAUAAACGUCGCAAUAUUAUAUUUUAAUGAAUAGGUGCUUAAUUUUAUCCACAACGGGUAUAUAUGUGCUUCCAUUUUUUAUUAUUUUAUUUAUCUCCUUUAUACUAUAUGUUUGAUCAUGAAAACCUUUGAAAAGUAUUACAAGUCAAUAUCAUCAAUUUACAUUAUUAGUUUACUUGUCAUAUUAAAUAAAACAUUUAUAAGUAACGCCAAAAAAUAAUAUUGAGGAUACGUAAUGGAUGAUGGUGUGGAACAGUGUGACCUGUACGCAAAAAAACAUGAACAAUUUAGUUUAAGUUAUUUUUUAACGUUGGCAACUUUAAACGUACAGCCUUUUGUAAAUAGCUAAACAUUGAUAAAAUCAUUUUAAAUACUUUCAACAAAAAAAAAAAUGUUAUUUAAAUCUUUAUUAAACUUGAUUUUUUUACUUUUACAUAGGUAGUGAGAAAUUGCGACAUAUGGCAAUAACACACGAUUAGAGUUGCCAACGGGUUUUGUAAUAGUCUCUCGUCCGACUGAUGUCAUUGUAACAUUGUAUUAUUUGUACUGCAUUUAGCUCAAACACGCCACCGGUAUGUGUGACGCGGACUAAUGGUUUAUUUAUUCGUGUAGUCUAGACUGAUUGCAGCGAACUUUAAAAAAAAUAUUACUAUCUAAUUAUUUUGAUAUUAUGUUUGUUUUCAUUCAUCUGCCGUCUAAUGUCGUCCCAUAAGCAAACGGUACCAUUAAGUUAUCACAUUAAAAUGAUUCAGUAUUGCAACAUUAAAAUAUGCCGCAUAGCUACUGAUUUAAUGUGUCAUAACCUUUUGAAGUCUCCCUGGAGAUAGUAGUUAAGAACCGCCAUCAAAUUUAAUAAAAAUAACUAAUUGUAAACCACUUCUUUAAGAACUACGAUACUAGAGGGAGAUAAAAGAUUUAAACUGAUUUCCUACUUGUUACAUUGUAGGCUAAAUAUUUGGAAAUCCACAGUAAUAUAAGUAGAAAUAAACCUUUCAUUCAUUGAAUCUUAGAAGUAUUUAUUACAGUAUUUAUAUUAAAACUGUGUCUAAAGUUUAUUUCGAUUCUACGGUGAUCCAAUCAGUUUAGACAGCACAUUAUUUUUGUAUGUAUGUGUACUUUGGAUAUAUGGUUUUAUUUGAUACUGUUAACAUUUUUGAUAUGGAAUAAUUAUAUUUAAAAAUAUCUUCGCGUGUGUUUUUUUAAAAACAAUAUUUAUGUCGGUGAAAAUGGAGUCUGUUUUUGCAUUUUUAUGCCAUUACAAUUUACGGCAUUUGGCGAGUGUUCGAUCGGCGAAGUGUUAUGGAUCAUGAUGUUUCUUAUACGAAGAGAAUGUGUAUCAAGCAUCUCACUUAAUUAAAAUUGAUACGAGUAUAAACAAUAGAAACAUUUCCUCAGACCUUCUGUGAAACGACAAGGCACUGUGAAUAUCACACUGAUAGUCCCGAGAUAGAGGAAAUACGCGGCCAAUAUGCCGCAGAUUUUGACGGCAAAAAGCUAUGUAAAACUGGACCAAUGUUGUCAAAUCAUGUUGAAAUAACAGUCAUUAGUAGAUUAUCUCAACAAGUUUGUAAAUAAGACGCACGCGAUGGAAUUCUAUUAUUCUGUACCUGGGAAGUAUAAGGAAACUAUAUUUUUUAAUGUUAAAAGGACAGAGUUCGCACAAAUAGCUAACCUUAUGUAAUAGACACUGUAAUAAAUAGAAAGAGAGAAUGUACCAUUUUACCAUAGUCAUACAAUAUCUAUGUUCCAGUUAGGUUAUAACUUUCAGACGCAGUUUCGUGUCAAACGUUGCACGCGUUCAUCAGUGACGUCUAUAUACGUCUUGUGGAAAAAGUCAGUGCAAAGUCUGUCCGCGAAUAUUGUUGACGCUAGCUGUUCGCCUGUUUGUAAUAAUUAUACGUUGUCGGACCGUGUUGAACUGGCGCCACUAUCUGCCCUCUUUUAUAAACGAUUCCAAUCUUAAUUUUCUAUCCAUUCCCGAGAAUAAAAAAUAAAAAUAACCCUGUCGCGAUGGAUCAAAAAAGGGAUUGGGAUCGUUUUUAAAAAACAGCGGUAACGCUUGACGUUAAGAUCCGAAAAUAUACGUCCGGGGUACAGCCAAAAUGAUAUUAAAAAAAAACAAACAACGUUUCUGCUUUUCGUAAUUCGAAUUUAUUGUAACGCAAUAAGAUUUAUAUUUUUACGACAAAAGUAUAAUAUGUAACGAGGCAAUAACAGAAACGAAGUAUCGGGCAGUUCUCUAGUGCGGAUGUUUGUAUACAUUUUGGAGUCUGGUGUGAAUGUAAAGUUUAUUUUUAAUAUUUAAUGUAGAUAUCGCACAAAUUACCGCCAUAAUUGGCUUUUAGUGACGUCAGCGGCGGACUGGAAAUGGCCGGUAGGUGAUGAAAUACAACUCGAUAUUAUAACGUGCUGUGAUGCAAACGCGUGACAGAUUGUGGCAUAAAAUCAGACCCGUUUAGGUCUCUUGUUAUUACAUGUGUGAGGUUGGUUUGAGUACUUUAUUUUCACAUAAAAGUCAAUUAAAGUUCAACAGACACUGAAGCGGUAAUGUCCCUACGCAAUUUUUGACGCAAUUAAUAUUUUGUUUGUGCGUCAGACAUAUUUUGAUCGCUUUUGUGUACGAUGGGCUAUAAAAUCGCCUCUAAGCCACAUUUAUUAAUUAUAAAAUAAAAAAACUAUAAAGGUGAUGGUUCCGACUUUAGACAGUACAAAAAUAUAAAGAAAAACGUGUUAUCACGUCGCUGACGUCAUGGAGCGUACCUUAUACCUGUAAAUUGCCAGCGCAAAAUGGAACUUCCAUAUAAAUCUAGAAGUAAGUUAAAUGCAUUUUGAUGUGUACCCCACUUUUCGUAUGGUAUUUUAAUAUUGAGAAUAAAAAUUAUUAUAUAAUGUAAAGUUUUAGGCGUUGCGGUCAUGGCGUAGUGGGGGUUGACUUGGGUGUAGCUUUGGAUCUGUGGGUCGGUCGAAUGGUGGCCUUUUAGUAGAGAAAAAACUUUUUGGGGAAUGUUUAUGAUAUCAAAUAGCUUUGGGAAAUGGAGAGUUAUAAAAAUAAAAUAGUCCUGAAAUUAUAAGCUACUCUUUAAAUUGUGAACCCCCGAUUUAGAAAUUAACCUAUACAAAUGAAUUGAAAUGUAUUAUCUAAAUGCUCAUCAUUCGAUUGACACCCCGAGUGAAUCAUUCAUAAUAAAAUAUCACACAACAUUGAACGAAUCGUUCCAUUUGUUCACCGCUCCCUCGAUAUGCUCGUCCAUUCCAAAUUCAAAUAUGCCAUAGGGAAUAGGGUGUAUAUUUUUUUACCGAACUAUAAUAGUGCGUGAAACGACCGAGUGAGUGAAUGGAACGAUUUUCAUUCGCUCUCGUUUACAGUGACAUGUGUACAUGUCGUCCUACUUUACGACUUCCAUUAAAAUUAUUUCUGGCUACCUUGAUAUAUUCAGGCGGAUAAACGUUGCAUCUCAUUAAAUAGUAUACUUAAAAUUGAAUCAAAACAUGUGCAUAAUGCAACUUUUAUAAAACAAAACAUAGUUAUUGAACUUUUAGUUGAGAGAUUGUAAGGUUGGGCGACGGUGUAAAACUUGCGCUUGCAUGCGCUGGAGCUCUCAAAUAGUUUACUGUUUGCGAUGGUUAUAUGCGUGCUGAAACCGGUGAGUUGUUUUCGGAAUAUGAACUCUGAUGACGUUGCUGUGGCGACUAAUGAUCGGGCUUGAAGGACCAUCAAAUUUUUGCGGAACGGUACGUCACUUUACCCAAUUUUUUAAAUAAACUACAAUGUACAGAUUGUUUAAAUAAUUUUUUUUUAUAAGCUUGCUAAACAGCCAUCUUGGGUAUACAAAUGUAAUAAAAUAUUAGUAUUAUUCGUUAGUUGGCACAGCAGCGUCAUCCGAGAGUCGUUGCUCAGUUCUGCGUUGAGCUAAAUCAUUUGACGCUCACAUGUGAAGGAGCUCAAAUUGUACAGUCAAGUUAUUGUUGAAAUGUUAUUAUUACAUUUAGUGCGGAGGCGUAGUACAACGUCGUGUCUGUGAACAGUAUUGCAGUGUUUUUCAAAAUAAAUGCACGUUACGAAAUAGUUUUUACGACAUAUUACUACGACUUUUCAGUCUCAUAAUUUUUUUGAUUGUCAUACAUUAAUUAUUUGAUUUAACAAAUGGUCAAACAGGCAAUUUCCCAAUAAUAUUUCGUAAAAACAAUUUCGUUACGUACGUUUAUUAUAAGAAAACUGGUUUUGUAUUUUUGUCUAUAAAAUAAUCAAAACAAAUUCUCUUAUCUUCAGGUCACGUUUAUCUACGAGUAUAGUGAGUAAGUUAUACAAAGUAAACAAUUAAUAACUUAGUAGGUGUCUCAAUAUAAGCAUUGUUUGUAUUCCUAAUUAUUGGUUUCGAGAUAUUAUGUUAACAACGCCAUCUAUAUGUUACGGAAGAUAGUUUUUACUUAUACAAGACAGAUAGGGGUUGAUUUUUUUUGGUCUACCCGCAAAAUAAUGCAACAUUUAAAAAAAUAUACAAUUUAAUAAUUUAAUUACCAAUUCAAAUAUUACUAUUGUUCACAGACACCGGCAUGUAUUUUUUAAGCAUUUAAGGAGAAAAUUGCGCGUCAAGGAAUUUUUGUAAGAAUUUAUAUUAUUAUCAUUAGUCAGUUCAUACCUGUGUCAUACUCAUUCGAUGCAUUUCCAACGGUCCGGGAGCGCGUUGCCAAUUCAAUAAUAUGAAAAAAAAAAUUAUCCUUACCAAUUAAUGUAAUAUCCAAGGAAAAACCCACAGUGAACAUUUUCACAUUAUGUCAAUUCAAAUAAUUUAUUCAUUUGUAAUAAUUAAACAAGAAUAAAAUAACGGCUAAAUAAUUUCUCUCAUGCAGACUAACUACAAAUUAGUAAGGCAGUAUUAAAUCAAUCUCUCCGUCUAACGCAAGAGUUUAAAAUUCAUAAAUCUUGUUCCAUACUAUGAUAUUGGCAAUGCGCUUGCGCUUGCGUGAACACAGACGCGUGUGGUGAAGGAGGGGCGGUUGCAAUGUAACCGCCGCGCUGUACCUAGCUUGUUAGUUAUCGUAAGCUUCUCGGAUACUUUAGUCGUUAUUGCAGUAUUUUGAUGCAAAUAUUAUUAUUUAAUAAGCGUAUUCAUAAAUAAAUUGACUCGGAUUUAGAA